UUACAUUUUCUCUGUGUAUGUCUAUAUGGGUGUGUAUGUGCCGCAGUUUGAAUGCAGAGGUCAGAGGACAACUUGUAGGAGCUGAUUCUCUUCCACUAUGGGAGUCCCUGGGAUGAACUCAGGUCCUCAUGUUUGGCGACAAGUGCCUUUAGGUAAAGGCCAUUUCACGGAGCCAUUUAUUUCACUGGUAACUGACUAUUUAUUAAUCCCUUUUCUACUGGACUGUCAGUCCAACAAGCAAGGGACAGAAGGGUAACUACUAGCCCGCCUUCUUUUCUCCUUUUCUUCCUCCUUUUCCUCUUUUGUUUCUUAGCUAUGGUCUCAUGUAGCCCAGGCUGGGUUAGAACUUGCUAUGUAUCAGGAUUGGCUUUGAACUCUGAUCCGCUUGCUUUCACUAUCUAAGUGUUAGGGGUCAGCUAAAUUGAGCAGGCAUUCAAGAUUUGAGGAUCAAACUGGGCAUAGUGGCACACAUCCUUAAUCCCAGCACUUGGGAGGCAGAGGCAGGUGGACUGCUGAGUUCAUGCCUGGUUUACAGAGCGAGUUCCAGGAUACUCAGGGCUAAACAGAGAAACCCUGUUUUGAAAAAACAAAAAGCAAAAAACUACCACAACACACACCAGAUGUUCUUCCCUCCUUCCUUACCCAGGGAACUGGUAUACCCAUGUCAUAACCCCCCCCCCACACACACACACAGAAAUCAUCAGGAGUCCAAGUUCAUAUGCAAAAGCAAAGAGCCUUUAUUGCAAGCUCGAGCUUGGGCUUCCCAUCCGUUCUGACACAGUGGUUGGAUUAGGAGAGCCCUGAGCAUGGUUUUUAAGGAGUAAAGGAUGGAGGUAUAAGGGAAUUCCAUAUUCAGAUGGGGGUUGAACUCCUGAUUGGGCAGGAGUGAGGUAACAGAAGUUUUGUCAAACAGGGAUUGGUACUGGCAUUGCUACAAGGAAAUUGGCAACCAUAUACAAGUGAUGUAAGCUAUUUUUAAUGUUCUGGAGCAUCUAGUACUUGUUUGUCUCAAUUCUGAUUGGUCUCCUGCAGGGUACAGUUUUUGGCUUUUCCUGGUUAUGGUAAUGGUGAGGCCUAGUCCCAGUCCCAGUACUGUUAGUCUGCAGCCUGCCAUGGCUGCACUGAUGUUAAGUUAGGCCUCUUCAGGAACAUUUGACAACACUGCUGGUUGUCCCAACUGGCAGAUGUGGUGCUACUGGCAUCUAGUAGGAAGAGAGGCUGAGGACACCUCUAGACACACUGCAGUGGCCAGGGGAAGUACCCAAACAAGUCUCCAGCUUGGGGCUGGAGAGAGGGCUCAAUGGUUAAGAGCAAGGGCUGUUCUUUCAGAGGUCCUGAGUUCAAUUCCCAGCACCCACAUGGUGGCUCACAACCAUCUGUAAUGAGAUCUGGCACCCUCUUCUGGCCUGCAGGCAUACAUGUAGACAGAAUACUGUAUACAUAAUAAAUAAAUCUUUUUUUUUUUUUAAGCUUGCUAGGUGUGGUGGCACACACCUUUAAUCUCAUCACUCAGGAGGCAGAGGCAGGAGGAACUCUGUGAGUUUGAGGCCAGGCUGGUCCAUAUUAGCAAGUUCUAGGCUAGGCAGGGCUACAUGGUGGGACCCUAUCUCAAAAACAACAAGGACGCCAAGCUUGAGCAACAAGACAAACAUACACAUGACGUAUGCAUAAAUGUGACAUCCAACACAGACAGGACAUAUAUGCAUAGACAUGACAUCCAACACAGGCAUGGUGUAAUCUAUAGACAUGUCAUCCACACAUACAACAUCCUGAGCCUUGGUCCUCAUCAUAGGAAGGUGGCAGGGGAUCAGAGGAGCAGGGUGCAGGCUUUAAGACCUACCCAUUUUGUUCAUCUGUACCCUGAUCUGCUCAGUCCCCUGCACAGGUAGAAGGCCCCAGAGUCAGGCUGUCCAAGGCCUGUGAGACCACCAGCAAUUCCCCUGACAAAAGCCAGGGUUGCUCACCAAAUCAGCCUCAUAAGUUAGGUAUGAUGUGCACACCUGUAAUACGACACUUGGGAGUAGGAGGCAGGAAAUGGGAGCUCGACACAAACCUGAGCUACAUGGUAGGAUCUUGUCUCCACAAACCAAGGAUGAUCCGGGGAAAUGACUCACUUCCAGGGUAACAGCAUCUGUUGCAGAAGCAUGAGGACCUGAGUUCGGAUCCCCAGCAUCCACGUAAAAAGCUGGGCAUGGCCACCCACACCUCUCAGCACUAGGGGAACAGAGACUCAGAGACAGGAGUGUCACUAGGGCUUGAUGGCUGCCAGCUUAUCUGAAAAACAUUGAGUUCCAGGUGUAGGGGGACUGUGUCUCGAAGGAGUAAGAGGGAAAGAUGACAGAGGAGGAGGAUGCCCAAUGUCUCCUCCGGUCUUGGCAGGCAUGGAUGUGUGUCCCUGCACACACAUGUAUAUAUAUACACAUACCCCCCAAGACAAAUAAACACAAUCAAGGGCUAGGAACAGCUGAGCUGCAGAGUGCUUGCCUAGCAUGUGUAAGACCCUAGUUGAGAGAGCAUGUGCAUACACACACACACACACACACACACACACACACACACACACACACAGACACACUCACACACAGACACAGAGAGACAUAGAGAAAGAGACAGAGAGAGAAGGAGGAAGAGGAAAUGAGAGGUUUGUAGAUAGCAUAUCACAGUGUUCAACACAACAAAUCACCAAAAGUGAAUUAUCACUGUGGCUUGGAGAUGAAAUGGCUUGCCCAAGGUGACAGAGUUGGGAAAUGGUGAAGUUGGGAAACGGUGGACCCAGGACUGCAAUCCAGGACUGAAGAGCAUCAAUUAGAUGCACAUAAGAGAAGCCGGGAAGCACACCGAGUCUCCCUUCUCCAUCUCACAGGUUCGUCCAUUGGGGAAGUGUAUAAAGGUCUGGGCACAUAGGGGGCUCCGUCAAAACACUCGCUGAAGGCAAAUAAAGGCCUGCUUCACCACGAUGGCAGGCUGGCUGGCUGGAAGGCGGGAGGCUGUUGGCUAUUGGUGAGACUGCGCAGUUUUCAUGGAUGGAAGAGAGGAAGAGUCCGUGAAGAAUUCAUAGUCAGGGAAAGGAAGAUGUGUGCUCCAGGUCACCCAGAGACUCAGAGCCAAGACCCCAGUCUCCUGGUUCCAAUCCCAAACCCAGCCUCCAGAUAGUUAAAGGGAAUCUGUACCAUCAAUUGAGGUCUCAUGGACACUGUGCUAAAAUCACUUUUUGUGUUUCAUACGUCUCAUUUUAUCCUCACAUAGGGACAAAGGAUUGAGGGACAAAGGGUCCGUUUUUUGAUUCUUUAGACAGCAGAGGAAGGAUGCUUGCCUGAGGCUCAUGGGAAGGGUGAAACUUCUGCUUGUUCCCACAUGCCCCUGAGGUUCAUCUUUCCUUCCCCAAGGAGUCAGCCUACUGAAGCGAGGGGGCUGCCUGGUGGAAUUCCCCAAAUCCUGCCUUCAAGAGCCUGCUCCCAGCUGGCAGGAGAGGAAGCUGAGUCAAGGGCACUACCAGGGAGGGGGAUGUGCAAAUAGAACCUACAGUGUGUGGAGGGGCUCCAGGCUGAGCUCGGGCCAGGGAGGGGGUGUCUCAGAAGCCCAAAAAAGGGGGAUCUCAGGCAGUUUUCCAGUCCUCUACUGGACUGACCACUUAGGGCCUUCAGACCUAGGGCUGGGUGAGCCCCCCAUCCUGGACACCCUCCUUCCCUUUCCCACAAGUUCUGCAGUUUGCAAAACUCAACCGCUCCCCUGAGAGCUGUGGUUUCCUGUGGGUCUGGGGUCCUGCCUGACUCGGCAAUGUGGACUGUGGGUAGGGCAGAAAGGAGGGGGUGGUGUAAGCCCUUUCUUUGGGCUGCCCACACACACACACACACACACACACACACACACACACACACACACACACACACACACACACACACUGAGUCAGCACCUGCCUGGAGGGGAGGGGCGGGACUACUGAUUCAGUUUUACUGCCUCUUUAAAAUCUCGGAAGAAAGGGCAGCAUCAGCCAGACACUGCCAUCCUCACCAUGAGUCCCUGGCAGCCCCUGAUCCUGGCACUCCUGGCUCUAGGCUGCAGCUCUGCUGCCCCUUACCAGCGCCAGCCUACUUUUGUGGUCUUCCCCAGAGACCUGAGGACCAACAACCUCACCGACACACAGCUGGCACAGGUAGACAAAUGCCUCAGUGGAAAGUUGGGAAGGGCUGGCCUGGAAAAUGUCCUGUGUUCCUGAGGAAGCAUGGGGUUCGAAUAUGCUCUCUGGAUUUGCGUGGAAAUGGGCAUGUCUGGAGAAACAGAGAUGCCAGGGUUAUGGAACUAGGGGUAGUGUGGAGGCUCUGGGCAGUGGUGAAAAUAACCAACAGAUUGGAGUUUGCUAGGGCAGUGGGAUGGGGGUGGCUUUGGAGGGUUGUGGAUUAGGCACAGGAUGGACGUGAACCCUAGGGGAGCUGUGGGGUAGGCACGGUUCAGAUCAUCUUAGAAGGAACUGUGUUAUCCACAGGACAGGGAAAUUCUAGCUGUGUGAGAAGCCCUGGUGUCCUGGUUUUAGAGUCCCUAAGCAUAUGGUCCAGAGGGCGAGGAAAGGGUGCCAGAACUCCGCUAUGUCUCUGCCCCUCCAUCCACAGGAAUACCUGUACCGCUAUGGCUACAGCCGGGCAGCCGAGAUGCAGGGAGACAAGCUGAGCCUGCGGCCUGCUUUGUUGCUGCUUCAGAAGCAGCUGUCCCUGCCCCAGACUGGUGAACUGGACAGCAAGACACUAGAGGCCAUUCGUGCACCACGCUGUGGUGUCCCAGACUUGGGCAAAUUCCAAACUUUCGAGGGUGACCUCAAGUGGCACCACCAUAACAUCACAUACUGGAUUCAAAACUACUCGGAAGACUUGCCGCGAGACGUGAUCGAUGACGCCUUCGCGCGCGCCUUCGCCGUGUGGAGCGCGGUGACACCGCUCACGUUCACCCGCGUGUACGGCCUCGAGGCAGACAUUGUCAUUCAGUUUGGUGUCGCGGAGCACGGAGACGGGUAUCCCUUUGACGGCAAGGACGGUCUUCUGGCACACGCCUUUCCCCCUGGCCCGGGCAUUCAGGGAGAUGCCCACUUCGACGACGAAGAGUUGUGGUCGCUGGGCAAGGGCGUCGGUGAGAUCUUGAGCCUUCCUGUAUCCCGCCCCACCCCCCACUCUCUUUUCUUAGAGUGGGCCAGCCGUCCUGACUCUAGUCUCCUUACCGCAGUGGUUCCCACCUACUUUGGAAACGCAGAUGGUGCCCCGUGUCACUUUCCCUUCACCUUCGAGGGACGCUCCUACUUGACCUGCACCACAGAUGGCCGCACCGAUGGCGCGCCUUGGUGUAGCACAACAGCCGACUAUGACACCGACCGCAAGUUCGGUUUCUGCCCCAGUGAGAGACUCUACACGGAACACGGCAAUGGGGACGGCAAACCCUGCGUGUUUCCAUUCAUCUUUGAGGGCCGCUCCUACUCUGCCUGCACCACUGAAGGUCGCUCGGAUGGUUACCGCUGGUGCGCCACCACAGCCAGCUACGACCAGGAUAAGCUGUAUGGCUUCUGCCCUACCCGAGCCGACGCGACUGUGGUUGGGGGCAACUCGGCAGGCGAGCUGUGCGUCUUCCCCUUCGUCUUCCUGGGCAAGGAGUACUCCACCUGUACCAGCGAGGGCCGCAGCGACGGGCGCCUCUGGUGCGCUACCACCUCGAGCUUCGACACUGACAAGAAGUGGGGUUUCUGCCCAGACCAAGGGUACAGCCUGUUCCUGGUGGCAGCGCAUGAGUUCGGCCAUGCGCUGGGCUUAGAUCAUUCUACAGUGCCAGAAGCGCUCAUGUACCCCAUGUACCGCUUCCUUGAGGGCUCCCCUCUGCAUGAAGACGACGUGAAAGGCAUCCAGCAUCUGUAUGGUCCUGGCCCUAAGCCUGACCCAAGGCCGCCAGCCACCACCACAGCUGAACCACAGCCGACAGCUCCCCCCACUCUGUGCCCCACAGUACCUCCUACUGCCUACCCUACACAGAGUCCCACGGUCGGCCCUACCGGCCCCCCUGCAGCUGGCCCUACAGGCCCCCCUACAGCUGGCCCUACAGACCCCCCUACUACUGGCCCUUCUGAGGCCGCGACAGUGUCUUUGAGCCCGGUAGACAAUCCUUGCACUGUGGAUAUUUUCGACGCUAUUGCUGAGAUCCAGGGCUCUUUGUAUUUCUUCAAGGACGGUCGGUACUGGAAGUUCCUGAAUCGCAGAGGAAGUCCACUGCAGGGCCCCUUUCUUAUUGCCCGCACGUGGCCAGCUCUGCCUGCGAAGCUGGACUCAGCCUUUGAGGAUCCGCUGUCCAAGAAGAUUUUCUUCUUUUCUGGGCGCCAAGUGUGGGUGUACACAGGCGAGUCGGUGCUGGGCCCCAGGCGUCUGGAUAAGCUGGGUCUAGGCUCAGGGGUAACCCAGGUCACCGGACUCCUCCCGCGUCGCGGCGGGAAGGCUCUGCUGUUCAGCAGGGAGCGUGUGUGGAGGUUCGACUUGAAGACGCAGAGGGUGGAUCCCCAGAGUGUCACUCGCCUGGAUAAGAUGUUCCCUGGGGUGCCCUGGAACUCACACGACAUCUUCCAGUACCAAGACAAAGCCUACUUCUGCCACGACCAGUUCUUCUGGCGCGUGAGUUUCCGAGAGGAGGUGAACCAAGUGGACCAGGUGGGCUAUGUGACCUACGACCUCCUGCAUUGCCCCGAGAACUAGGGCUCCUCCUCCUCCUCCUCCUCGGCAGUGCAGUGCGCGAGAGACCACCCAGAGGGAAAGCAGCCAGUUUGCGGGAUACAGACUGGUGAUCUCCUCUAGAGAAUGGGAAGGAGUGGAGGGGGGCUGGGCCCUCUCUUCACACCUUCCUUACGUGUUGGACUGUUUCUAAUAAACAUUGAUUUCCUACCCUUGA